UGCACAAGCAGCGCUUCCCCUUCUGCCGGGCAGGUGAUGCUGUCUCUCCGCUGCAGGAGGUCUCCAGCCCGGGCGGCGCGGUCCGCGGUGCAGCCGUGCUGGGCGGGCUGCGCGCUGCGCAUCGCCAUGUCCCCGGGCGUCCCUCUUCUGUUCGGGCUCGUGUUUUGCCGGGACCAAGGGAUUUGGGCACAGACUGACCUACCUGAAGUCUACCAAAACCCUCUUGAAGAAAGAUCCCUUGCCGUCGUGUCUGGGACUUCCGCCAUUGGGCUCCUCCCUCUCCUCUUCCUGCUCUUGUUUUUCCUCUGCCUGUGCUGCUGUGGAGGCCAACAGGGUUCCACUGAUAAUGAGACCAAGAGCCAACCAGAUUUUAACAGCUCCAACCCUGCCAUGGACUUCUCAGAAGAAAAUCCGGAUAGUGUCUCGGUGCACCUCCCACUGGAGGAGGACAGGCAGAGGGACAUGCAGGCAGAUUCUUUUACCACUGCUUCAUCUGGGAAGCCCCAGUUCUCAUUUUGGAGCUCCCCGAAGACUCAAGAAUACAGAAGCCUUGUCAGUCGUCAAGAAAUUCUGGGAUAUGAGAGAUGGAACAUUUCCUGCCAUAUCAGUGAACAAAGGAUAUCACAGUCACGAGCAAUGACGGCCACCAUGGCUGCUGAGCUGGUGAGCCCUGAGGGCGCUCAGGAAGGAAAGAACACGGCCAUCUAGCAGCCAUCAGACUGCGGCCACCACUGAGGGUGAGCCCGGAGGGAACUUGGGACGUGAAAACAGCAGGAUCCUGGCCCCAGACAGCUGAGGCGCGCAUCGAAGCGAUGAUUUCAGCGAGCCCGGACGCUUCCAUCUUCCCAUACAUAGAAAAGCGCUAAAUUUUUUAAGUUGGGAUAGUUGGUUUUCUUUAAUUGGUGGUAGCGUUCGAGGUUCAGAUUAUCUGCCUUUUGUUGCGAAGCUUCUUUAUUACCUGGCUCCUCCCCUCGCCUCCUCCGAGCAGUUCUCUCGGGGUUACUUGAGAUGCUGCCUCCCGGGUUUGAGUCCUAAGAAUAUCUGACAAAUAAAACAUAACUCUCAA